AAAGCUCCUCCUGCAUCAACUACAUCCAGUUCAUAGUUCGCAUUCCUUAAGGGCACUGCAGAAGGGUUUCCCAUGAAGUCUUCUUCCUGUAGGGGCCCCAGGUGAGCGCUUUCAGCGUUGAAUCGUACAGCCGGGCUUCCUGGCCGCCAGGGGAACGUCGUGUUAAAAGUUAAAGAGACAACUACAGAAACAAUGCAUGCCCAAAUAAAGUACUUUGUGCGCCUGAAGCCAUGCGCUCCUGCUCACAGCAAGAUGACACUGGAGAGGGGUUUGUGGUCCAACUGUGCAGCAAGACCACAACCUCAACUGCAUGGACGCUUUAGCGCAGCAGGGUCGCACGCAGCUGCGAGAGAAAACGCUUUUUUCGGAUCCCAGAGCUGCAGAAACUACGCGUCCGACUGCGCGUACGGCCGAGCUUUCGCUUCGGCGAGGGACCACCCCGAAGCGUUCUGGGGUGAGAUGGGACAGAAUAUACAAUGGUUUGAGCCGUGGAGCAGAACUCUGCGUGUUGAGGACCCGGUGUUUCCGAACUGGUUUGUUGGGGGGAAGUUAAACAUGUGCUUCAACGCCGUGGAUCAUCAUGUUGAAAGCGGCCGUGGAGAGCAGCCAGCCAUCAUUUAUGACAGCCCGGUAACUGGAACCAAAAGGAUCAUCACCUUCAGGGAGCUUCAGGACCAGGUGGCCAGGCUAGCAGGAGUCCUCGUGAAGAAUGGCGUGCAGAAGGGCGAUCUUGUGGUCAUCUACAUGCCCAUGGUGCCCCAGGCCAUGUUCACCAUGCUGGCCUGUGCACGGAUUGGUGCCCCUCACAGCCUCAUCUUUGGUGGCUUCGCUUCCAAGGAGCUGUCAGUCCGCAUUGAUCAUGCCAAACCCAAGCUGCUGGUGACCGCCUCGUUUGGCAUCGAGCCGGGCAGAAGAGUUGAAUACAUCCCUCUGGUGAAGAAGGCCUUGGAGAUGAGCUCUCACAGACCCUCCAAAGUCCUCAUCUACAGCAGGCCCAACAUGGAGAAAGUUUCACUCGAUCCAGAGCUGAAUCUGGACUGGGACCAAGAAAUGGCCUCUGCUCAUCCACAUGAUUGUGUUCCUCUGCCCUCCAACCAUCCUCUGUAUGUUCUCUAUACUUCUGGGACCACAGGAACACCAAAGGGCAUUGUGAGAGACACCGCAGGCUACGCUGUUAUGCUAAAAUGGACCAUGUCAAAUAUUUAUGGACUAACUCCUGGAGAUGUUUGGUGGGCUGCGUCUGAUCUGGGCUGGGUGGUCGGCCAUUCCUACAUCUGCUAUGCGCCUUUACUCCACGGGAACAGCACCAUUCUCUACGAGGGGAAACCAGUCGGGACUCCGGAUCCCGGGGCGUUCUUCCGGGUCGUGUCUGAACACGGAGCUUCCUCCAUGUUUACGGCACCCACUGCAAUCCGGGCCAUUCGGCAGCAGGACCCCAACGCUGCAGUUGGGAGAAAAUACCCUUUGACCAGGUUGCGGACGUUAUUCUUAGCAGGAGAGAGAUGUGACGUUGAGACACUGGAGUGGGCAAAGAAGAGCUUUGGGGUUCCAGUUCUGGAUCACUGGUGGCAGACAGAAACCGGUUCAGCCAUCACUUCCUCUUGCAUCGGUCUGGGUAACUCACUGGCGCCACCUGCAGGCCAGGCUGGAAAACCAGUCCCAGGUUACAAUGUAACUGUGAUCGAUGAUGACAUGCAAGAAGUGAAGCCAAAGACUCUGGGAAAUAUUGUGGUCAGACUGCCUUUGCCACCUGGAGCUGCGCUGUCCCUGUGGCAAAACAAGGAUCUGUUCAAGGAACUCUACUUCUCCAAGUUCCCAGGAUACUAUGACACAAUGGAUGCUGGCUUUUUGGACGAGGAAGGCUUUCUUUACAUCAUGUCCCGGUCUGAUGAUGUCAUCAAUGUGGCAGGUCACAGGCUGUCUGCUGGAGCAUUGGAGGAGUCGGUGCUGCUGCACUCCGCGGUGGCUGACUGCGCUGUGGUGGGUCUUGAGGACGCUCUGAAAGGCCACGUUCCUCUGGCGCUCUGCGUGCUCAAACAAGGUGUGCAGAAGACGGAGGAGGAAAUCACAAAGGAGGUUGUGAAGAUGGUGAGAGACAACAUCGGGCCUGUGGCCGCCUUUAGGAAUGUGCUCUUAGUCCACGGCUUACCCAAGACGCGUUCUGGAAAAAUCCCCCGCUCUUCUUUGGCCAACCUGGUCAACGGCAAACCCUACAAGAUUACGCCAACCAUUGAGGACCCAGAAGUGUUUAAAGACAUUGAGAGGCAAGUAAAUGAGGUUCUGAGACGACAAGCAGCUUGAACACGUCGAAUGGCAACGAAAUCUAAGGCAUGAAAAUCUGGACGACCGCGUCACUCCGUUUACACCAACCGAUAUGCCUUAAAACACUAAAAUCCGAGCCUUUAGGCUUUCAACUGUUUUUUUUUUUAAUAUAUAUAUAUAAUUCUCAAAGUGUUCCUCCUGCUUAUCCCCCAGAGGCUGAUUAGAGGCAGCUCUUAGUUGUAAUUCAGUAAAAUCUCAUGGGUACAGCAACUAGAUCACAGCAAACCUCACUGAAAUUGAUUGGCUGAGCAACAUUUUAGAGUUUAGGUUUAAAUUGAAACAUUUAUUUCUGACAAUAGAAACAAGGAACUUCUGAACAAUUCAGGAUCAACGUUUCUUUGCUAUUAUUUUGCAACGGCUUGGUCGGAAUUGAAUUCAUAUCAUCGAACAAAUAACCAUAGUGUUGUUUUUCUUAAACGGUUGACAGAGGUUACAAGCAAGCUGUACUGCAAAGAGAGAUUAGCUGCUGAAAUUCAGUUUACCAUAAAAUGAAGGUGGAUCUGUUUGGGGCAGAGUUUUAGUUUUAAUCUGUAAGGAACUGUUCAGUAAUCUUUUUCUUGAAUACAAAAGAUUGGGACUGCAUUUUUCUGUCAGGCAUUUU